AUGCUACUGGCAAUAUCGGUGUAUAUGACAAUAGUUAGUGACCAUCUGCCUCAAAAUUCACAGCCAAUGCCUAUAAUAUCAGGUCUGAUGUUUAUAUGGUACAUUUUAGACGCUUUAAUUGUGUUUGCAGUUAUCAUUAAUUCUAAGAUAAAUACCACGAGGGACACAAAGAAACUGUCAUACGUUUCGAAAAAGUUCGUAAUUAUUACCCGCAAACUUACAUGCCAUGGUUAUAAGAAACAAACAAACAAAACACUCUUUGGGCAAUCUGAAAACUAUAUUGAUGAGGAAACGGCAAACCAGACAGACAACACAGAUGGAGAAAAUCCUCUUGAUUCAAAUGAAAAAGUUGACUCUGAUGCAAUCACAUGGCAAGAACUUAGCCAUUCAAUAGACAAAUGGUGUUUUAAGAAAUGGCAUUCAUUCGCAACCUUUGUAUUAACUAUAUUGUUUUCGCUCAGUUGGGCAAACACAGAUCUUAAACCUGAUAUGCUAGAAAUGAAAGCGUUGUCCGAUGAACUUUUGAAGAACUAUAGCAAAUAUAUAUUGCCCUCAAAACAAAGGCCAUUUAGUGUUACAAUAUAUGUCAGGCUCCGUUCAAUGGGUGAUAUCGAUGAAAUAGAUCAAAUGCUGUCUAAAGACACCGUGGUAUACGACAGCGAAGGUCGUGCAUAUUUUGAUGAGAUGAUGAAAACACGAACAACAUGUAACCUUGAUAUGACCUUCUAUCCAUUUGACAUUCAGUCAUGUAAUAUUGAUGUACAUGUAUUUAUCGUAGGACACCUAUACUACUGGUUUAAUUUAAACAUUUCCGUGUAUAAAGACUUUUCUGUAGACGAGGCUAAUCAUGGCUCAUGGACACUGAUCAACAAAAAUGUUUCGGAGAAUGGCAACGGCGCUUUCAAAGUACAGCUGAAAUUUAAGAGGCGACCAUUGUUCAUCCCUUUAUUUUUUUGUGUUGCCGAUAGUUGGCUUGCCCUUCUUAUACCUGUAGUUUUUGUUCUGCCAAAGAAGUCUGGGGAACGUGUCGGGUACACAAUCACGAUGCUACUUGCAAUAUCGGUGUAUAUGACAAUAGUUAGUGAUCAUCUGCCAAUGCCUAUAAUAUCAGUUUAA